GACUCAGUUGACCUGCAUGUACAACUACAUCAAGGUUGAGUCGGAUGUUACUAGCUACAACCUCUACCCUCCUGACAUGCUGCUUUACUACGACUACAGUAAGGUUUCUCAGGACACCUGUAGGCUGUACUUCAGUGAGCUGGGAGACGCAGACUUCUCAGUGUUCUCCGAAGCUCUCAGCUUCAAACGCACAGCCCUGGUUGACAAUGCCAUGACCUGCCUGGGAAUCAGCGGCAAGCUUCUGACCAACGACAGUCUGCAGGUCCUAGGUAACAUGGUGUGUGUUCUGGACGGUUCCUACAUCCAGAACUCUGACCAGCUCAUCCUGCAGAAACUACAGAACUGUAAUGACCUCACCGACGGACAGGUGGCUGCCAUAGAAACGCUGUUGACGUCUGGGAACACACAGUACGGACUCCCAGCCACCUGGAACAGACAGACCCUGGACAACCUGGGCAUUCUACCUCUCUACCUGACCUCCUCCUUCUACCAGAACUUCUCUAAGAAAGUGAAGAGCCAGUUCCUACAGUCAUUCCUGAAGGUGUUGAGUCAGAAGGGAACCUCCAGGCAGAAGAAGAGGAGGAUGAAGACUGCCAUCAGACAAUCCAUCAUCAAACAGUCACAGUCCAAACGCUCCAUAGGGAGUGAAUGCAUUGUGGGAGAGAUCACUCAGGUGACGAUCAGUGAGAAUACGUUCCCCUUCAACUACGAGACCGUGACCAUGUUCAACUGCUGCCUGACGGCCAAGACAGUCAAUGACAACCUGGACGCCAUCACUGCCAAGGUGGACGACCAGGAAUACCUUAAAGUUGUCCUGGCGAGACUCAGAGAGGCCUACUCUGCGUACUCCACCAUCCCAGAAGUGAAGGUGCAGGUUCUAGGGCCGGCGUCACGCGUCGCCACUAAUGCUGACAUCACCAUGUGGAACAUCACCAAGAUCGACACGCUGUCAGCUCUGAUGGACUCCUCCAAUGGAAACUGGGAUGCUGCCAUGGCGCAGGCCAUCAUCAGUAAGUACCUGAGGAACUCGGGAAAUACUCUGGGCAGUGCAGAGCUCAACGCCAUCGGAGGACCCAUCCUGUGUUCACUAGACACCAGCCUCCUGAAGACCAUUACACAGAGUAGCCUGAGUAAUGCCAAUGCCCUGACGGUGACCAACUGCACCAUAGAGAAGAAGAGAGCGCUGUUCACCAUCGCUGAAGGAGCCUUCCAGAGCCGUAGUACUGUCUCUGCCACCUCCUACCAGCUAACACAGCCAUACAUAGGUGGCGCUAACUCAGCCUACGUCCAGCGUCUGUCCACCUCUAACAUCAAUAUGGACAUGGCCACUUUCAUCACCCUGGACCCUACUGUUAUACAGACUCUGAGCGUAAGCCAGGUGAGUGGUCUGCUAGGUUCUAACAUGCCGGAGCUGAAGAGCUAUGCAAACCAGAGCGUGGUCCAAGCCUGGAUCACGACCCGUUUCCAGUCUGACCUGGACUCCCUUGGGCUGGGCCUUAUUGGGGGCAAGGCCGACCCCACCACGGUUGGUUUGGGCACCAUCUUUGUUCCUAGCACCACUGUAGGGGUGGCUGGAGGAGCUGGGUCAGUCACCACCGUGGCUGGAGGGACUGGGUCAGUCACCACCGUGGCUGGAGGAGCUGCUGCUACUACAGCGAGCGGCGGAGCGAUCAACAGACCAACGUUCGGCCUCCACCUUCUCCUCACCACUCUGGCCAUCGCUAUCCUGUACAUUCUACACUGAUUUAAACACUGAUUUAAACACGGAUUUCACUGAUUUCACGAUAGAUUUUAGAUUUCAGAGCAAGAGAGUUAACUGAUUCCAUUGGGAUCAAGGUGCAUUCGGCUCAGACAGGAAAAACAUGAGGUAAAGUUCUCAAACAGGAAACAAAAAUGUAUACUUUUAAAGUCAGUUAGCGCCUUUAGAUAUUGUAAAAAUCACUAAAUAUAAUUAUAUACUGAACCUAUCAAAAGACUAUAAAACAAUCUAGCACUUUAGUUAUUUAAAUGUUUAUGCUCUGACAACUUCUUCACACCAUUUUAUUUAAGUGUAUUCACUUUGUAACCUGCCACAGUAUGUCUGCAUGUUCUGUCUUGGUGGUUGGAAUGAUGUUGGAAUGAAGUCUGUUCUGUCUCGGUGGUUGGAAUGAAGUCUGUUCUCUCUUGGUGGUUGGAAGGAUGUUGGAAUGAAGUCUGUUCUGUCUUGGUGGUUGGAAUGAAGUCUGUUCUGUCUUGGUGGUUGGAACAUUGUUUAAAGAUGGCAUUUUAGGGCUCUAUUCAGUCUGUAUCACUGAAAUGUAAAGUUCAUUCCCUAUUGAGCCAACAUCUGCAGCGUUUAGCGCGAAUGCAGUCUACGCUAAUGCGGGAAAAUUGCCAUUAAAUUUAAAUCAUGAUGUAACGCUGAAUUUCCGCUAUGUGGAUUGAAUAGAGCCCUUUGUCUUUGCCUUCCGGUGAAAAUAUGAAAGUAUUUUAUUAGAUGACAUAGAAGUCUUGUUGAUGAUGUCAUCUUUCUGGGACAGCCGUUUGUUUUAUCAGGGUUAGUAUCUACGUACAGUACGCCAACACUUAUCUACAGAGAGCCAAAACGCUUUUAAAUGUCAUGACAACCAACGCCUCUAAUGUAGAAUGAUUCUGUCAUUAGAAUGUCACUGUGCUUUUGUUCAUGUCAGCUCAAACAAAUGCUGUCUGUGUUCUCAAUGCCUUACCUUUAUAACAGUUGCCAUUUCAUACUAAAUAUCAGACGUUGAAUGUAUGAUUUAUUUAAUAAAAACAUAUAUUAUUGCACAAUCCC